CUCCUGCCCCUCCUGCCCCUCCUGCCCCUCCUCCUCCUCCCUCGGGCGCCCUUCCCGCGAGCAGGACGGGGCGCCAGGUAGCUCCCUCCGGCCGGCCUCGCAGCCGUGAUGGGGCUCGGGGCUCCCACCCGGGUGCCAGGGGGCGAAGAUGAGCGCAGAGGCCCUGCUGGUGAAGGCAGGCGGACUUGAGUGAAUAAGGAAGCAAAGUCUCUUAAGGCCUCCAAGCAAGCGGGCAACCAGAUCUGGGCAUAACAGCUUAUAUCUGGAAACGCAAAAUAGAGUACAAACCUUUGAAGACUCCAGGAGCCUGGAGGAUGGACUUUUCCCAGGUAAAGAACGGUUCCAGAGCAGCAGCUUCCAAUGAGAAAUCAGAGAUUGCCACUCUUGAAGAAGGCCACAGUUGGCAAACUCCCAUUAAUCACAGUCAUUUCACAAUUUUAAAAAAUAAUGAGAGUCAGCUGUGUGAAGUCCUUCAGAAUAAAUUUGAUUGUGUCUGUACCCUGGUCUUGCCAUCCCCGGAAGGUAACAGUGGACCUCAGCAAGUCUUCAGAGAAAUGCUCAUUCCUGGGCUGGAGCUAUCUGUUUGGUGGGAUGACCUCACCAGGCACGCUGUUGAUGUUGUGGUCAAUGCAGCCAAUGGAGACCUUAUUCAUGCAGGAGGGCUGGCCCGGGCCCUGGUGAAUGCUGGUGGCCCUGAAAUCCAAGAGGAGAGCAGAAGAUUAAUUUCCCAAUUUGGGAAAAUACCAACUGGUAAGAUAGCUAUCACAAAUGCAGGGAGGCUUCCCUGCAGAUUCAUUAUUCAUGCAGUUGGGCCUCAGUGGACAGCGACAGAUCGUGAUGCAUGUAUCUGUAAGCUGCAGGAGGCCAUUGUAAAUAUUCUGGAUUUUGCCACCAUUACCUAUCCGUACAUUAAGACACUAGCAAUUCCAGCCCUGAGCUCUGGAAUUUUCCAGUUUCCUCUGGACUUGUGCACACAGACCAUUGUGAAAACUAUCUAUUUGUAUUACCAAGGGAAGCAACUGGACAAUAAUUUGAAAGAAAUUCACCUGGUAAGCAAUGAGCACCCUACUGUUGUUGCCUUUCAAAAUGCUUUGGAAGGAACCCUAAGGCUGAACAAACGGGGAUCCUGGAUAAGUCAAGAAGCCACCUCUCCUUUUGAGACGCUAACUGUGAAUGAUGUGACUCUCCAGAUUGUCCAGGGCUACAUUGAAUUGCAGGAGACAGAUGUAAUUGUUAAUUCUGUAGAUCCGCAAUAUGGUCUCAGAUUAGGACCUGUGUCAAAAUCAAUUCUACAACAAGCAGGAGAUGAACUAGAACUGGAAUUUAAUAAAAAAAUUACCAAGAUACAUCAAGGUUCUCAGUUGGUACUGGUCACAAAAGGAUAUAAAUUGUCCUGUCAAUGUGUAUACCAUGUGUUGUGGGACUCAAGAUGUUUCAGAAAGUCUAAGGUGCUGAGAAUUGCGGUGAAGGAAUGUUUGGAGAAAUGCCUUGAACUAAAUAAAACUUCUAUUUCCUUCCCCGCCCUGGGGACUGGAAACAUUGGUAUUCCGAACAAUGUAGCAGCCAAGAUCAUGUUUGGUGAAGUUUUAAAUUUUGCCAAGCACCAUUUGAAAAAACAAUUAACUGCAAAUUUUGUGAUCUUUCCAGAAGAACUGGAGACCUAUAAGACUUUCAGCGCUGAAAUGGCAAAGAAUAAGUCCAAGCUACAUCAUUCCAAUAAUUACAGUGUCCCCAAGUUGACCAGAGAGGAGAAAAGAGAAAAUGGGCUCAAACCUAAAUCUCCUGCAAUCAGUCUGAUGGGAUCCAACCUGGAAAAGAUGAAGGAGGCCCAAGCGUGGAUCCAGAGGAUACUGAGCCCCCAGAAUCCACAUAUCAUUGAGAAUAAUCAUAUCCUCUACCUUGGGAAAAAGGAACAUGACGUUUUGACUCAGCUUCAGAAUACCUUAAGGGUCUCUAUCUCAGAGAUUAUCAGUCUGGAAAAGGCAAUUUUAGAGAUCAAAGGAGCCCAAGCUGACAUUAUUGAGGUUGUUCUGAACAUUGAACAUAUGCUGUGUGAAGUCCAAGAGGAAAUGGCAAGAGAAAAGGAGCUAGCCCUUUGGAGCUUGUCAGGACAAUGGACUGAUGGGCAACCCAAAAAUCAGGAUGAAAUGAAAAGGAAUAAGUUUCUGAGAUGCCUAAAACUUUCAGCUGAGGAAAUUCAGGAUCAGAAGAAACUGUUUGAAAACUGUGGUUUGCAGGUUAUAAAGGUGGAGAAAAUAGACAAUUCCGUUCUCAUGGCUGUCUUCCAAAAAAAGAAGAAAGUGAUGGAAGAGAGAACACAUGGGAAACCUGUGAGCUGCAGGUUGUUUCAGCAAGUUCCUUUCCAGUUCUGUGAAGCAGUAUGCAGAGUUGGCUUUCAAAGAAUGUACUCGGUGCCCUGCGACCUAAAAUAUGGAAUUGGUAUAUACUUCACCAAGAACCUGAAAAACCUAGCAGACCAGAUCAAGAAAACAUCUGCUACAACUGAACUGAUAUAUGUGUUUGAAGCUGAAGUACUCACAGGCUCCUUCUGUCAGGGUCAUCAGUUAAAUAUUCUUCCCUCACCGUUGAGUCCUGGAGACAUAGAUAUCCAUGACAGUGUGGUUGAUGAUGUCUCCAGCCCUGAAACCUUUGUUAUUUUUAGUGAUACUCAGGCUAUGCCCCAGUAUUUGUGGACUUGCACCCAGGAUCAUGUACGGCCACAGGAUCACUCAUCAGGACCAAGGAUGCUGUCUUCACAGCAGGCUGGAGCAAGAUUCUCAAGGGGUAGCUCUGUCAAUUAGGCUCCACAUCAUUUUAACAACUGACAUUUGCUUGCUUUGGAGGAACUAUCCAAAUAAUGAUCAUCAGUGAGUCAAAGUCUGGUUUGAAAAUGUCAUAUGGGUUGAACAUAUGGACCUAUCAGGUUAUUGAAGGAACCCAAUACAAACUACAUCUUAAUCCUUUCAUCUUUGUCUUCAUCUUUGUCUUCAUCUCUAUUGGGAUGGGUAGAUCCCAAUCCAAACACUCUCAGAACCACUCCCUCUCCUUCAGGAUGCUCUUUCAUCUCUUUUACUAUAGGUAACAGCAAAAAUGUUUUACAUAUAAUGAAGAAGUUUCUCUAUUAUAUAAUCCAUACCUUUUUAUUUUCUAAAAUAAUAGAGUAGCAGCCUGAUGAUUUUUGAUUUUCCAGAGAAUCUUAUAUGUUGUUGGAGAUAUCAAAAUAAAGCACCUUUGUAUGAGUAA